AUGAAAUUCCGCUGUGAAGAUGUAUCGACUGACGGGAAAUGGUGUUACUUGGUGUUUUGGGUGAUUGGGAAACCAAACACGAGAUGGAAUCUGUUGAAGAUGAGACUUGUAGAGGCAAGCCCUUCCUUUUCUUGGGCUUUUGGUAUCUCAAGAUGUUACCUCCCUGACUCUGACUCACAGUCUCCGAAGCUUCCUGAUCUUUUCCUCUUGAAGCUAGCUUGUUCCGACCGUACAGGGCUUCUAUAUGAUGUCACAGAAGUUCUUUACAAACUUGAGAUCAACAUUGAGAAAGUGAAGAUAUCGACUACUCCUGAUGGAAAAGUGAUGGACUUGUUCUUUGUCACGGACACUAGAGAGCUUUUAGGGACGGUGAAGAGGCGGGAUGAAGUGUAUGAGUACCUGAGAGAUGCCAUAGGAGAUUCAAUGAUGAGUUAUGACAUUGAACUUGUUGGCCCAGAAAUCACAGUUCGUUCACAGGCUUGUGCAUCGUUUGCAGAAACAUUUUUAUCCGCAGAUGUGUCGGGAGGGCACCCUAGUGGGUUACACACUUCGAACUGUGUGUCUAUUGCUGUUGAUAACUCGCUAAGCCCAGCUCACACACUCAUUCAGAUUAGUUGCCAGGAUCACAAAGGCCUUCUCUACGAUAUUAUGAGAACCUUCAAGGAUUUCAACAUCCAGAUCUCAUAUGGGCGUUUUACAAUCAAACGAGGAAGGAACUGUGAGAUCGACUUGUUCAUCGUGCAAUCUGAUGGUCGGAAGAUCCUUGACUCAAGCAAGCAAACUGCAUUGAUUUCUCGUCUAAGAGCAGAGCUACAACAACCUCUAAGAGUGGUAAUGAUGAAUCGAGGUCCAGAUACUGAACUUCUGGUCACAAACCCUGUUGAAUUAUCAGGAAAAGGACGGCCACAAGUCUUCCAUGACAUCGCACUUGCCCUCAAGAAAAUCAAUACCUGCAUCUUCUCGGCUGAAAUUGGAAGGCACGUAACCGGAGACAGAGAAUGGGAGGUAUACAAAGUGUUAAUCAACGAAGAAGACAGCUUACCGGUCCCGAGAAGCAAGAUAGAGGAAAAAGUGUGGAAUACUUUGAUGGGAUGGGAGUGA